AUGCAAAGUUCGAGUGUGCAGCAACAGCAGCAGCAGCAUCAGCUGCUGGAUCUGGAUCAACAGCAGCAGCUGGCUGAGCUGGAGCAGCAGCAUCAGCAGCAGCAGCAGAUGCUGCUGCAGGCAGCAACAGCAGCAGCAGAAAAACGUGCUUCUGUAUUAUUUGCACUUGCAGCUCGCCAUCUGCUGCUGCAGCAGCUGCCUGCUGCUGCUGUGCCACACAGUUUGCUGCUGCGGCUGCUUGCUUCCUUAGAAGCGCAGCUGGAAGCAGCAGCAGCAGCAGCAUUCCCUUCGGAUGCGCAGACACCCGACUCGCAGCCUGCUGCUGCUGCUGCUGCCGCUGCUGCUCUUCUUGGGCAUGAUGCAGUAGAGGAGACAGCGUUGAUUGCCUGGUUGCAGCAGCCCUCAGGAGCAGGAGCAGCAGCAAGAGCAGCAGCAGCAGCAGCACGCAUGCGUUUCUCUGCCUUUACGCCACUAAAGGAUUCAAUGGAGAAGGCAGCAACUUCAUCGUUAGGCAGCAGCAGCAACAGCAGCAACAGCAGCAACACUGAUAGCAGUGACAGCAGCAGCAGCAGCAGCAGCAGCAAGAAGCCAACAGCAGAAGCCAUAGCCGAGCUGCAGCGCGUUCGCCGCCUGAUUGAGUCGGUGCUCAUCUGCUUGAUGCAGCAGCAGCAACGGCAGCAGCAGCAGCAGCAGCAGGAAGAGCAGCAGCAGCAACUGGAUGUACACUCAAUGACUCGUGUUGCAUGCGUACAUCGCCUGUGGACAGCAACAACAACUCUUCUCCAUCAGGGUGAGCUACAUGUAGCAGCAGCAGCAGCAGCAGCACCAGCAGCAGCAAACAUUGAGGCAGCAGCAGCAGCAGCAGCAUUAGCAGCAGCACAAGCCGUAGUGUAG